CUUCCUGCAUGUCACACACUUGAUGAGAAGACUUGCGAUGCACCUUUUGGCCCCGACAAUCCAGAACCCGGCAGCACGGAUGGCCCCCUCUGUAAAAUGUCUACCUUGGUGCUUCACGGCGUGAUGAUAUUGACGCACAAGCAGAGUUGCCAAAUGAUGUUUACCUGGGAUAAUAAUGGGGUUGGUUUCGUCUUUUCCCAGUUCUGACUGUGUAAUGUGGCCUCCCACUCUCAGCAGUCCAUUGCUGUCAACGAUGGGACAUAGCUUCUUUAGACUGCUUUGAGUCAAGAGAUUCUUACCUCUAGCGAUACAGUUCAAUUCUUUGAGGAAACACUCCUGCUGCACGCUUUUGAUCACGAAGAUCUUUGCUUUCUCCAGCUCCUCUUCAGUGGGACCUGCACAACAGAUGUGCCAGCCUUGGCAGGCAUUGUCUGGUGUGGACUGGGCAAAUGAAUGAGCUAUGUGGAUCAGGCAUGCAACUGCCGCCAUGAGUGUGCUGAAAAAUGCUCAAACCUCUUGGUGCUCAUCACAUCAUUCAAGACAUCUUUCCCAGUGGUUGUGAUCAAUGGACGUACCACGGCAUCGGUGAGAGGGUUGAGGAGGUCAAAGGGUUCUUCAAGUUCGGAGAAGUGCGGUGAAGGUUUCUGGAGGAGAGCUGGUCCAGUCAACCAAGUUGUGGUGCUCAGGGAGGCUGCAGUGACUGAUCUGGACCCAUGGUCUGCUGGGUUGUGUUCCGUGGGAACAUAUCGCCACUGGUCUGGGGAUGACGACUGUCGAAUCCGCUGGACUCUGUUAUUCACAUAGACGUAGAACCGCCUUGCUUGAUUGUGAAUAUAUCCCAACACGACUUUGCUGUCGGUGAAGUAAGUGAUGCGGUCGAGUUUCAUAUCCAUUUCUUCCACCACCAUCUCUGCAAUUUCAACUGCGAGGACUGCCGCACAUAGCUCCAACCUUGGGAUAGUAAUCUCUGGUUGGGGUGCCAAUCUAGCCCAGGGAGUAAUUUGGUCUAGAACCACCACUGCGUGAGGGAGUGCUGAGUCCCAGUCUUCGGCUUGCUUGGAGAGCUCUCUGAGUAAAAGUCUGCCUCGUACGGUUACUGGAGCCAGAAACCCAAGAGGGUCGUACAGGCUGUUGACCAUUGAUAAAACUCCUCUUUUGGUGUAUGGUUUCUCCUCGUCUGAGAUCUGAAAAGUGAAUGUGUCUGUAACGAUGUCCCAAGACACAAGGGAGAUCGUCGGUGAGAAGGUUCAGGUUUUUAAUUUCUUUGGCAUGGUCCUUGGGAGGAAAGGCCUCGAUGACUGCAAGUCUGUUGGACGCUAUCUUGUGUAGCCGAAGGUUAGACAUGGAAAGCAUUUUCUGAGCUCGCUUGAUGAUACCGAUACCAUCCUCUUCCGUAGAGAAAGACCAUAGUCCGUCGUCCACAUAGAAGCAUCGCUCUACGUAUUGUCUGGCGUCACUUCCGAACUCUCCCUCCCCUUGCUUGGCUGCUCUUCUGAGACCAUAGAUUGCGACCGCGGGAGAUGGGCUGUUACCGAAAACAUGCACGCACAUUCUGUAGUCUAUGAUGUCUUGGCUUGGGUCAUUGUUGCGGUACCACAAGAAGCGGAGAUAAUCCCUGUGGUCUUCCUGACCAUGAAACAAUGGAACAUGUGUUCAGUGUCUGCGGUGAUGGCCACAAGAUCUUUCCUGAACCUUAGGAGGACGCCCAGCAAGCUGUUGUUGAGAUCAGGACCGGUAAGCAACACAUCGUUCAGAGAUAUUCCCUCAAAAGGAGCACUGGAGUCGAAGACCACGCGGAUUUGCUCUGGCUUCCUGGGAUGAUAGACCCCAAACGAUGGAAGAUACCAACACUCUUGACCGGCAGGAAGUGGCGGAGCAACUUCAGCAUGGUUGUUGUCGAGCAGCUUCUUCAUGAACUCAAGGUACUGGGCCCUCAUCUUCGGCCCCCUCUCUAGUGUUUGGCAAAGAGAAGAGAGGCGACGGCAGGCAUAGUCUCUGUUGUUGGGCAGCUGUCUCCUUGGCGAACGAAAGGGCAGAGGAGCAACCCAACUGUUAGAGCUAUCUUGAUAACACUCUUCUUCCAUUAACUGAAGAAAGGUCCAAUCUUCCAUGGAUGGUCCAAGUUGAUGGUCUUUGGCAGACUGAUGGAAGACUGACUGGCCCAGACUCUCUCCGGCAUGUGUUAGUGACCGAUUUGUGAUUUGGGCUGUACUGAGGGGCUGGGAGUUGAAGUUCUCCUUUACUUGGACCUUGCUGGUACAUGGUACAAGGUAAGUGGGAUGGCCAUUUUCCAAAACUGUGGUCUUGAAGGUGUUCACUUGAGACGGUCUGUGUGCUCCCCCAAGACACACAUCGCCGACGAUGACCCACCCUAAGUCGAGUCUUUGGGCAAAGGGAGCGUCAUGGGGACCAUUGAUCUGCUCCCGCACCUUAUGCACUCGCAAUACGUCUCUUCCCAACAGUAGGAGAAUCUUGGCCUCUGAAUCGAGAGGAGGGAUCGCUCUAGCGAUGGAUUUCAGGUGACUGUGAUGAAGAGCUGCGUUUGGUGUGGGGAUCUCCGAGCAGUUGUUAGGGACCUGGUUACAUUCCAAAAGUGUUGGAAGCGGGAGACUGAUUUUUCCGUCCACUGAUUCGACCAUGAACCCGGUAGCUCUUCGGCCAGUCGUCUGCUUGAGUCCUGCGCACGUCUUCAGCGUGUAAGGUUGCAGAGCUCCUGUGAUGCUGAAGAGCUUGAAGAAUUCGGACCUGGCCAGAGACCAAUUACUUUGGUCGUCUAGUAUUGCGUACAUACGUUUCGAUUCUUCGUGAUGUCCUUUAGGGAACACAUCGGUGAGGCAUAUCUUUGAGCAUGCUCUUGUGCUUACUCCAUCACCACACACUUCUGUGCACUUCGAAGUAACCUUGUCAUCGUCAGGUUUAUUGGGCUCCCCACUGUUCUCUGAAGUGGGAGGGUCUGACCUUGACCUUGAAGGAGCUGGGCCUGGAUGGAGUGCUGAAACAUGCCUGGUGCUUUCACAUUCUUUGCAUCGAAUUUCCUCUUGGCAAUCCUUGGCGAAGUGGCUUGUGGAUGAGCAGCACUGGAAACAUAUAGUACGAUCUUUUAGAAACUGCUUACGGUCUUCGUAACUCUUCUCUCUGAAGGUCCUGCACUUCUUUAGUGAAUGAGGCUUAUCAUGGAUCAGACAAUGUUUUGCGAGAUUGAUAUCCCUUUGCUGAUGUCCUCUUUUCUCAGCAGGUGACACUUGGGUCUUGUGGACUGCUACUGGCGUCUGUACAUACUUGUCUGGUCUCUCUCUUUUUGCAGUAGUUUGGAGGGAUGCAGUGUUGAAGCUCGGAUCUGUCUGUGUUCUAGCCUCGCUGCAGAUGAAGUCGACAAACACACUGAAAGGAGGGAAGUGAACGUUGUGUUGGAACUUAUACUUUGAACCGACCGAUUUCCACUCUCCUCUCUCAGUUUGUGUGGGUCUUUAUAAGACACCUUUGGAAAGUUCUCUAGCUUGGAGAAGAGGGUAUGUUCUAUGGCUUCGGGUGAGCCAUAGGUUUCUUCCAGCCUUUCCCAUACCAUCCUCAAGCCUCUGCAUGGGUCUCUCAUAUUUACGGCCUUUAUCCUGCGGGCAUGCUCCGAUGACUGUUUCCCAAGCCACUUGACGAGCGUGUCCAACUCUUCUCUUGGCGAAAGGUCCAGGCUGGCAGUGGCUCCCUGGAAGGAUGAUUUCCAAGCCCAAUAGUUCUCUGGUUUGUCGUCAAAGGCAGUUAACCCGGUGGUCACUAGCUGCAAACGGGCCAUGCAUUUGACGAGGUCGAGUGUGGUGGUUUGAGUACCUUGGUUGGCAGGUACAGGAGAUUCGUAAUGGGGCUGAUAGGCGACUGGCUGGGAGGAUCUAAGUUGAGAGCCAUGGUCAGCAGGUUGGACACCAUGCCACUGCUGCCUCGGAGCGGCCAGCUGCUGAGGGGAGACUCCACCUGAAGCCUGGUAUAGCUGAUCAUGUUGGCUGGCAGCAACUGGAAGCAGAUAGAAUGUAGUGUCUUUGUCGUCGGAUUGAGCUGCCUGGUGGAUAGGUUGGAUGUGGGCUUGAUCAUGCACAUAGUCAGCUGUGCGCUGAAGCUGCUGGUCAAGAGGAACGAGUAAAGGUGCAUUUUCCUGUGACUCACAUUCUUUUUCUAACAUGCCUGCUUCGAGUAUUUCCGCUUCAGUUAUGGCAGCGUUCAUUUCUUUCUCCUCUUGCAUGGCUUCCAGGAUGGCUUGAAUGCGAGCCGUUUCAAUCUUUAGCUCCUUCUCUUUAUCUGCGAAGGCAGCUCUGGCUUUGGCCACUUCUGCUUUAGCCCUUGCUUGGACAACCAUCAUGUUAGAACUGGAGACUGAAGGCUUUUUUGAUCCAUAUGAUUUUGUUGAUUUAGAGGCCGUGGACUGUUUGCCGUUGUGUUGGGAUGCAUCGUCGCAAUGGCUUGAAGGCAUGAUGGUGCCCGACGUGGAAACAGACUUAGCUUAGCUCCGAAGGUUACUUGUGAUUCAAUAAAUGCAGUUGAAGCCGGGACUUGUUUGACUUUUUACUGAACCAGUGUGAAACUGCAAUACAAAACAUUACAAAAUAGACAUGAAUUUCAGACAUAAAUCGCCAAAUAAUUCACUCUUAACAUCAAUGUAAACCAUAUAAACACAUACUCACAGACAAUGCGUCUUAACAGACUUGUGAAACCACGGAGGAUAAUGAGGAAAACACUCCGUAAACGCCCUGUCGGCUGCCCGUUCGCGCGAGUCCUGAUCUGCGACAACUUCCGGUUUGCGCAGGAAGUGACGUCAUCGCCGAACUAAACUGCUACUUUACUGCAGAAAAACAGUAAACAUAAAGAAAACACUCAAAACGAAUUACUGUCCAUAACAGCCGCUAAGUCGCUAGAUGAGGUUUUAGUCGCCAGAGACGGCCAAAAGUCGCUAAAUCUAGCGACAAAGUCGCUAAAUUGGCACCAUUGGAUACUGGUGGUUUCAUGUAGGGGGCAGAUAGCCAACUGGGCUUUCUUUUAUAGUUUCCACCAUUGUUUGACUCUACCACGAGCUCAACAUGGAAGUUCAGAAGAUUGCCCCUCGCGGUUGUGUCAAUAUUGCAACAUGCGCAUAUGUCUGCAUACCUUGUGUUCAGGUGUGCUAUUACGCGUAACAUGGACAUAAAAUACGCAUGGCAACGCAUUCAGGCAUGAAAUGUGCACACGGCAAGCAUAUCCUGGCCCCAGUAGACAGCUAGUAGAAGCUGGACCUAUUUUCUAUGAGAAGUGAUUUUGCUCCCGCAUAGUAUUGUGUGUACACAAUAUGACAUGGUCCUUGGAGUGCAUCAAAACUGUCAUUGCGACACGUCCAAAAGUUCAGAAAUCUCCAACUCCAUGCAAAUUUAUCACGCGUCGCGACCAUAUCGUGAACCGAGUGUCCAAUAGCCGAGCUAGACUCAGGGGUGGGCUGUACAGUGGUCAAAUCACAAUACACAGCAGAUUCACGUGUCAUUAUAACCUAUAGUUAUCUUCGAGGAGAGUAGUAGACUGGUAAAUAUUCACCUUCAGAACAUUGAGUUUUGCCCGGCUUCACUUUGCAGAUUUCGCUUCCUUAUGUCCCCACCGUAAAGGGGUGUACUGUACACACCAAUGCCAACAAAGUGAAGUCCAAGUGAAAAUCCAAUAUCAAUACAACACUCCCACAUUACACUUUGCAUUGCUUUUAUUGAAACUCCUCACAUGGCAGAAAUUUUGGUAGUUUAAGUGAAAAUCCAAUAUUGUUAAAUCCAUUUAUCGAAACUCCUAACAACAUUCUUACAUUAAAACCUUUCCUAGACUAUCAGAUUUAGCAUCCAACACCCUAUUAAAAAACUCAUUGACAUUUACAUUGUAUUGUAUUGUAAUAAUAGUGUACCUUAACUAGACUUAAAGCCAUUAUAAGGGCUACUGUAUUUUCAGUAAACAAAUCUGGAAGUCUAAGUGGAACUAGAAAAAUUGCAUUUCCUUGCAGAAGAUGCGUGGAAAUGCUGAGUGCUGAAAGCUGAAAAAACAAUGCUAAACUGCUAAUAUAACAUGGAGAAAGGUUUAAAUGUAAAAGCUGUUGAAGGGGUUUUUUCUUCACCCCUUCAACAGCUUUUACAUUGCAAUCGAUGAACUCACCCGGAGGUCUUCAUACAAACAAGUGGCUGCUGCAAGAGAGAGGGUGAGUUGUGUGAAACAAGAAAUCAGGCAAAGCUAAAAAGGUGUUGAUGAAGUUAGGUGCUGUUCUGAGCAUUAUUUGUGGUUAUAGAGUGGCGUUUUGGUUGAGCGCGUGGCUCUCUGUAUUGCUAUCUGCAGUCUUUACUAAAGUAAAGCUAGCAGUCGGCAACAUUCAUCUCUCGGGGUGUCUAACUAGGGUGUUAAGGUGUGUUUGACCCUAACUUAAUUUUGCGCCGGAAAAUCCCUUUACUAGUGACCCCUCAAACCUGCAGAAUGUGCGUGCGUUGCUCUUCAUCAGCACCGUGAUCAGUGUCAGUCACAGGGGCCCAGACCCCCCAUAAUCCGGCCCUGGCUGAGGAGGGUAGGUGUCAGAUGUCAUCAACUGCAUGUGCUAAUUCAAUAUUUAUUCAUAUGUUCCCUGGCAAGGAUUGUAAUUGAGAGAUACAUUUGACUUUUAAAAUAUGGCAAAACUACUUUUGUUUUCUUUUUUCAUCAUCAAACUUUUGUCUACGAGGGGGCUCCAAACUCAACACAAACCAAAAGUCUCUCACAGGAGCUUUAAACUUAUGUUGAAGUACAUUUCAAGUGUGGUAUUGAUACUGUGCUUACAGAAGCUACCACGAAGCAUGCAUGAGUCCAGGUAGAUAUGCAGGUGAAGAGAAGGAAGGAAGAAGGAGCAAGGUAGGAUUAACAGAAGCUCAUGGCUUAUUUUCUGCUGGGGUCUCUUAGCAGGUUAAUCCAGGGGAGAUCCUUUACGAUCCUUUACUCAAACUGCUCUUCUCCUAUUCGAUCCACCUAAACUAACCAAGUCUACCUUUUAGAGGCUUUGAAUAGUUUAAAAAUGACUUAUUGGACCAAAGUUGAGGGCCCUCACCUGAAGUCACAACACAGUGUCAGGAUCCUGAGAGCUGCUGUUUCCUGUAAACCCCAGAAAAAUUCCCCUUCGGGAGUCACACACUGCCCGAACACGCCUGACAUAUAAAACAUACCUCCAGGCUUGUUUUAUUGAAUCAAACUCAUGUUAUCAUGUUGUGCCAGAUCAGUAUCAAACUUGAAGACUUUUCAGUGAGCGCUGGAUCUGCGAGAUGCUGCAGAAAUGUAAAAGCUCCAGUUUACAUUCAAUUGUUUAUUUGCUGAGGUUGCAUGCUAAUGAGUCCACUCUUUGUGUACUGAUCUGCAUAUUUCUGCUCAGACCUUUAAUCCUUUCCAGAUGGGGCGUGGUGGGCAUUCCUGCGGACCAGGAGAGUCAAACUAAAGGGAACAUUCAAGGAAUGCUGGAAGGUAGAGGCGUCCCUUCAAAAUAAAGGUUAAAGUUGAUUCAAAGAGGGGCCCUGACACUGACUGCGAGCUUUUACUAUGGGUCUAAUCAGCAACACAAUUUAUUCAAGAUUUUGUGGAAAAAAUAUGUUUUUGUGUAAAAACAUAAACAAAUGAAAGGUGAAAAAAAACAUGGCAUAUGUUGAAUAAAAGGACACUUGUAAAAGAGCUUACUCCAACAUGGGCAAAACACUUUGCAGCAUUUCACAAGCAACAGGCAAAAAAAUGCCUGUUUAACAGGCAGAAGCCUUGAGCAGAACCAGAAUUAUAUCAAAUAGCCAUUUAUUGAAACAAUAUCUAAUUGACUACAGCAAUAAUAACGAUGGCAACUGGGAAAAAAAUACUGUAAAAGUCUAUUGAUUGACAGACUUUUGUAUACAAUGUAGUUUAAAAAUGAUUGUUCAGAUGCAGGCGAGGUUACAAAUUGUAUAUUUAUGCCACAACAUGAAAAACACUUGGCACGGCUUUUCCAGGGUUUAAAAGUGUUUCUGUCAAAAGAAGAUGAAAUCAUGAGUGGUAGGUGGACAAGGCUGUAACUCGCUGGACUUUUAGUGUGAAAGUAUACCGGAAGUUGUGAAUUGUAUUGUCGGUGAUUGCACACUUGCAGUAAGCGGCGUGUAACGGCCAGGAAUAGGUAACGGACAAACUGUCUGGAGUAACUGAAACCGAGCAAAAACAACCAGCAGAAGGAUGAAUACUGCAGGUAAGAUCCGACACAUAAGACAUGGCAUGAGAUUGCACGGUAACCGAACUGACCAUAGCACAAAGAUACACAGUUUGCGGCGCUACUGGAAUGCCCUGCACAUAUUUUAAUUAACAAAAAAGCUAUUCAAGCACGUCUUGUAAGUUUAUAAGUUUAAAUGGGCAAAAUGCAGUUAGUUCUUGGUUUGGAUGUGGUUUGGUACCGUCCGUGGGGGUGUGGACGGUCGACUUGACCCUCGUUGUCAUGGAAAUAACGUUUUUAAGAAUCAAGAGUUAACACCUCCGUUUGACGGUUAAAACUACGGUUAUCUUAACUAUAUAGUCGAAAAAGAAACUAUUUCACUUGGCUUGAUUUAUGACAUACGCUUAAUUUAUCGCUAAAAUUUCCCCCAAAUUGAAAAUGUAAAAAGCGUCAGCAUGGUAAUUGGUAAUUCAACUGUAUAUUUUGUUUCUGUGGGUUUAUGGAUGAAUAUUUAAUGUGAUUUAGUGAUGACUUUGUUGAUUUUGUCCAUUCAGUGGCACCAGAUCGAUCAGGCCCUGUCUGUCCUAUCGGUCCGGAUUUGUCUCCAUAGUGACUCUGCAAAGUGCACGUAGCAGGCCAGCAUGAAAAGAGAAAAUGUACUGACAUUUAAACUAUGGGAACAUUUAAAAAAGAAAGAAAACAAAGAGCGAAAACAUGACUGAAGUAACAUGGAAAGAAUUAAAGUGACCUAAAGCAGAUGGUGCUCUAGCUCAGAGAGAAAGGUUAUCUUGUUUUGAAAAGUCAGAGGGAAUAAAAGGUGUAAAUUAAAUGAAUUUAUAAAAAAACAGACGCAGCUUUGCUAUUUUCCCCCCACUUCUCAUACCUUCCCUUGAUGUUCCCUGCCUCCUCACACCUUUCCUUUGCUUCCUAAUUCCUUUCCUACCUCUUUCAGUCCCAUUCUCCCUCCUCUAUCCUCUCAUUUUUCAUAUUUCUCCUCGUACUCUUCAUUUUUGUUAUCCUAUCAUACUUUUUCUCAACCUAGUCUCCCCCUCUGCCCUUCCCUUCUUUUCUCAUUCCCUCUUUACCACAUCCUCUCUUUUACUAGCUCCUUUCACAUCUUUCUCUCCUUUUUCACCACUCCUUUCCUGUCUGUUUUUCUUCUUCCUGCCUCUUUUUCUCCCUCUUGGUUAGCAAUUUGUUUGUUUCCAGUCUUUGUGCUAGGCUACGCUAACUGCUUCCAGUUAUUAACCCUUUGGAUAUAAGAGUGGUGUCGGUCCCCUAACUAACUUAUAGGCAAAAAUGUGAUUAAGUAAUUGUUGGACUAUUCCUUUAAAGACUACGCUUCCUCCAAGCCAUUUAAGACUUCUCAUGUAUUAAUCGUUUGCUGUCUCUUCCAGCUGUGUAUCCCGCUCCCACCGCCCCCCCUGCCGACAUGUUCGGCAACGUGCCCGGCUAUGAGGGCACUGUGGCAGGAGGAGGUAAGAGGAGUUUAACCUGAAUGUUUCAGGUAAUUUUAAGGUAGUUGCAGCUACUUAAAGCCUAUCUUGUUGCUGCAGGAGGUUACCUCCCCCCUCCUAUGCCUUUGGAGCCCAUAGCCCCGCCCCAACCUGGCCUUGAACCUGCGGAGUGGAGGUAAUACUAGCUUCAUGUGCUCCUCAGAUGUUUCAUUUCCCACUGCGGGAAGUUGUUAUCCAGACUUAGUUGUCUUCAUAAGUUUUAUGUUGUUAUGUGGAGUUAACUUUGGCGUAACACCUUUGAAUAGAUCCAAGUAAAGCUGAGAAGUAAAGAUUAUACUGGAUGAUCUUCUCAGCCAACAUGGGCUGAUAUCACAGUGUCUGAUAUCCUUGUCAGUUCGUUUCUAUGGAAACCCUAUGCAGAAAUGCAUCUAUAUUUUUUAAGCAUUUACUUGUGUUUAUCUUCUUCAUUACCAGUGGUGGUGGGAAAUGUAUACUGAUGUAUUGGUCACACUGGUGGAUAUAAAGUAUUUCAGUUUUUUGAUUAAAAUAUCAAAAAAAAAGGUGUGUAAGACUUAUAUAUAUAUGUGUGUAUAUAUAUAUAUAUAUAUAUAUAUAGUAAAGCUAAGAAGUAAAGACACAAGCACAAGCUCAAUUGGAGAAAGGUCUGGAGACUGAGGGGGCCAAACCAUCUUUUGAAGAACACCUUCCUCUUCUUUUUUGUCUUGGUAACCCUGACAGAGCUUGGCAGAAUGCUUAGGGUCAUUGUCUUGCUGCAAAACAAACUUGUGACCCACAAGUCUGAGUCCAGAUGGAACAGCAUGGUGCUAGAGGAUGGAGUGGUACUGUUCCUUCUUCAUGAUACCCUUUACGUCAAACAUAUCUUCUACAAUGUCGCCUGCAAAAUAUCCCCAUACCAUGGAACUACCACCUCCAUGCUGAAUUGUGGGUGUAACACGUGGUGCUUUCAGACGUUCACCAGUUUGUCUGCGGACAUAGACUCUGUGUUUUGAACCAAACAGUUCAAACUUGCUUUCAUCGAUCCAGAGAACUUGUUUCUAGUCAUCAUAGGUCCAAAUUUUGUGAGCUUUUGCCCACUCAUAUCUCUUUUUCUUGUUCCGUGGACGAAGUAGUGUUUUUUUUUUGCAGAUACACAACCCUUCAGACCAGCCUUCCUCAAACGUCAUCUCACGGUUGUCAGAGAUAUGGGUUUCGACCUUGUCAUGUUGAUUUCCUCCCUUAUUUUUGGUGCUGUCUUUCACCGAUCUCUCUUACUGGUGACAAUGCUAUGUUUAUCCUCUGCUUUUGUAUUAACUCUCUUUCGUCUAGGCCAGGGGUCGGCAACCCGCGGCUCUGGAGCCGCAUGCGGCUCUUUCUUCCCUAAGCUGCGGCUCCCAAUGGAUUUGGAAAAUAAAUAAUAAAUACUUAAUUGCAUUUUAUUUUAUUUUAUUAUUAUCAUUUUUUUUUGUAAUUCUAAAUUCAAAGAUUAUAAUGCUCUUGUAACAUUAAAUAAACUAUUAAGGCUGCAACAACGAAUUGAUUAAGUAGAUUCGUCGUGACGAAAAAAUCCGUUGCCAUCAAAUUCUGUAAUCGAUUCGUCGGGUCUUUAUAUAUGUCCAUGGACACCGGCGUGUAAACAUCAGCAGGACGCACAGAAAAGAAACAGCCAUGGCCGAGGCAGCGGCUGAGAAAAACAUGGACAAAACCCAACCCAAAUCCUGACCUAAAACAUCAGUGGUGUGGGAAAACUUCACCAAGACUGAAAAGGAAGGCGUACUCGGGAGUACAUCGAUGAUGCGUGAGCACAGGGCUCUCAAGUCUCACGCAUUCAGCGUAUGACACACGCAUUCCCACUCGUUCACACGCUCACACACCACACAUUGCAUUUCUCACGCAUUUAAAUGAACACAGUGAUGUCCACCAAGUUGCACUUCUUCAACUAUGGAACUGGAGGAAAUCAACUGAGUUCCUCCGAGAGUUCAGAAGCUGCGUGCCACGCACAAGCCAAUCAAAUAAAGUAUAUCUACUGAACAGCCAAUCAAAAAGCAGCAUUGCUGUAUCCGGGUAGAUUUUGAUAUCUUGCGGUUUAACUCCAGAAGAAGACAGACACUCGCCGAAAUAGUUCAUUUAUUUCAUAAAUGCAACUCGCUACAGUUUUUUAUAUACUUUGUAUAAAGGUAAAAAAAAAAGAUAUAUGCAAUGUUAUCUUCAUUUUAGAUGUCAAAGAGGUUUUGUGGCUCCCUGUGUUUUCUUUUCUGUGGGAAACUGGUCCAAGUGGCUCUUUGAGUGUUUAAGGUUGCCGACCCCUGGUCUAGGCCUUUUUCUAUCAUCAUAACUUCCAGCUUCCUCUAGUCUAUUCAGAGUGUAGUGGACUCCUUUGUUAGACACCUUUAGGCGUUUUUCAAUUUCUCUUUCUGUGUAUCCUUCUUUCCUUAAUGUACAAAUCAGUUGUACUCAGUUGCUUCUUUCUUGCUAUUUUUGCAGUAGUUUGAACACAGUUGAGAUUUAUUAGGAUUUUUGUAUGCAGACUUUCAAAAGCCAAAAAGUUAAAGUAAAUAAUCCAACUGUGAUUUGUUUUUUUGCUUUUGCACUGAAGUUGUGACUCUUGCAAACGUUUUCAACCCUAAAACUAAGCCUUUAUUAUCUUUUGCUGACAUAUAUUUAGCAAUGGUGUGUUCACACUAAUGUAUAUCUAAAGGUAAGUUGGAGUAAUAUGGUGCAUUUCCAUGAAAGCAACAUCUGAUCAUGUAGUAAAUACAUCCCAAAAUACAUACAACUCAUGCUGGAUUUUUAAAAAAGCAUUGUGAACAAAAACUUGUAGUUACUCCCAACUGUUCGGCCUGCAAUGGCCUUGCUUCCAAACUUUUGGCCUGUAGUGUAUAUAAAUCUCAAAAGUCUUACACUCCCUUUUUUUUUUUUUUUGGUUAGCUGAGAUACUGGAAAAACAACAGUAAAUAGCCGGUUUAUAAUAAUCUCUGCAGCACAUUUAUCAGAGCUACCCAAUUUAGUAGAUGUUUUCUGCAUCAUCAUGUCAAUGCAAAAUCCUCUGAAGCUCCCAAAUUUCUCUCUGUCCACAGAAAUAUCUGUAAUCACCUGUGAAUUUUUACUCUUUGUUGAAGGCAUGUCUUUCUGAAAUUCCACAUCAGAGGGGCUCUGGUUUAAAAGAAUGCACAAGUGCAGCAACAAGUUUGUGACUUCAUAUGUAGUUACAGCCUGAGGGUGCUCCAAACCCCCUGUCUGAACUUAUUUUGAUCAUUCCCACUUGAAUGCAACAAAACCUGACAUCACCUCUCUUAGCAGCUCACCAGCAUGUGUUGAACAGGCUGCAUUAAAAGAAUUUGCCAGUCUUAUACACUACCAGUCAAAAGUUUUAGAACACCCCAAUUUUUCCAUUUUUUUAUUGAAAUUCAAGCAGUUCAAGUCCAAUGAACAGCUUGAAAGGGUAUAAAGGUAAGUGGUGAACUGCCAGAGGUAAAUAAAAAAGGUAAGGUUAACCAAAACUAAAAAAUAAUGUACAUUUCAGAGUUAUACAAAAAUGAAACUGUUCUUGAUCAUUUAAAACCCCCUCUGUCUGCAUAAAAGUAGUGUUGGAGCACACUGCGGUACCAUACUGUUGUGAGCAUUGUUUGAACAGUAGUAUACUGCAGAAAGUUGUGUUUUACUAUAAAAACAGUGAGGAAAAGGCAAUUAAGGAUAGAAAAGACACAGACCAUCAAAACAAUCGUAAAUGUAAGUCUUUACUACAGAGAAAUUGCAGAGAGUCAAGGUGUCAUUGAGCACAGUUUUCUUUACCAUCAAAAGGUACUCAGAAACUAGGGAAAAUGCUGACAGGCAGAGGUCUGGAAGACCCAAAGCCACAACAGCAUCAGAAGACAAGUUUCUUAGAGUCAACAGCUUGUGUGACAGGCGGCUCACAGGACAACAGCUUCAAGCACAGCUUCAGUUCAUCACGCAGGAUUUUUGUACGCCGUUUAGUAGGCAAAAGGAUCACUCCUCAGAGUGUGAAGUCAACCGUCAAACAUGGAGGAGGAAGUGUGAUGGUCUGGGGCUGUUUUGCUGCAUCCAGCAUCAGGGACUUGUACAGAGUGAAAGGGACCCUGAACCUAAAUGGCUACCACAGCAUUCUGCAGCGCCAAUCCCUCUGGGAUGCGCCUAGUUGGUCAGGGGUUAAGUUAUCAAUCAAUCAAUCAAUCAAUCAAUCAAUCGUUUAUUUGUCAUUGUCAUAAAAUAACAACGAAAUUCCGUUGGAGCAUACAACCUUACAUAGUAUAUGCCGGUUGUGAUAGCUCCUAGCCACUGUGUCUGUGUGCGCCUACAGCAAGAUAAUGACCCAAAACGUAAGUCCAAGCUGUGCCAGAACUAUCUUAAGAAAAAGAACAAGAUGGUAAUAUUGAAAACAUGGAGUGGCCAGCACAGUCUCCAGACUUAAACCCCAUCAAGCUGGCCUUAGAUGAACUGGACAGAAGAGUGAAAGCAAAGCAACCUACAAGUGCUACACAUUCAUGGAAACUUCUGCAAUAGAGUUGGGGAGAACUUUCUGAAAAAUAUUUGAUUGUCAUUGAUUGCCACGAGUGUGUUCAGCUGUUUUAUCAUUUCUAAAUUGAUUCUAUGUUUCUUUUUUAACUUAAGUUGUUUAUUUGUUCUGUGCAUUAAUUUCAGAGUACACUGAGAUAUUAAACUGCAUCAUUUUCAAUCAAAUUGUGUAAAAGUUGGGGUGUUCUAAAACUUUUGACCAGUAGUGUAUAUGAUCAGAUUUAUGUGUUUGUGUUGCAGCAUCCCCUCUGUGUCUGAGGAUGUAGCUCGUGAGGCGUUCAAGAGCUUUGUGUCAUCUCAGUGCUGCUACAGCAAAGGGCCUGUUAAUGAUGGCGUCAUCACCGGCAUGGAGCCGUUCAACACCUACAGGGUGAGCACAUUUUCAUACUGCCUGUGAUGCUUUAGCCGUUUCAUUGCACCCUUAUCGUGAACGCUUUGAUUCAUAACUUUAGAGCACAAAAUACUGAAUCUCGAUAUUUCACCUUACUGAUGCCUGUUUUAACUUGAACAUGCUUUCAGUAGAAAACACAGAGUUCAUUACAUUCAACUUCAGCUGUAAACUGUUGACUUUGUUCCUACAGAAGCAGGAAAGGAAAGAAAUAACAGGAAUUGAGUUUGGGAGGUGUUUCCUAUAAAAACCAACACAAUCUCAAUAUCCAUGCGUUAUUUCCAGGCUCCCAGUGCAGCAGUAUGUUCAGAUAACUUAAAGUAGACUUGAAGGUCAUGACUACCUCUUCUGUCCCUCCCUGUGUUCUGCAUCUUUUCCUCUCCUCGCUGUAAAGCCAAAUAAAAGAUAAAUCAAAGUUUCAGUAAAAGUAUUAGUUGUCUUUGAAUAUCUCCUGUGCUUCACCUUAGUUUAUUUAUUCUUCAACAUGUUGUCCAGCAGUGGUGCAAACAACUUUUUAAGCUAUGAUCUGCCAAUACUGAUAGAAAACUAACAAUACGGUCCCUAUCAAUCAAUAAAUCUGAGUCCCCUUUACCUCAGUCUCAGAGUCUCAGUCAUCAGAGCUCAUGUAAUAGUGUAACAGAACUGGUGUAAUUCACUCCCCCUGAAGUCUGCUCAUAACCUGGUCUGCAUAUGUCCAGAUUCUGAAGUCUCUGAGUUUUUCCACGUGUCUCUGCUGUGGCAUAUCUUUGCCCUGAACCAGACCACAUAUCCAGACUCUGUGUUCAGAAUAAGGGGGGUGAGGGGUUCAGACUUUGUUGUCUCUUGUCUCUGCAGACAGCUUGAUUCAAUCUGACACCGUGAUAUCAGUUUAUAGCCACUGUAAUUAUGUGACUCUCACAUGACUGUCAUGUGACCUCAAAUACUCUCAUCAUGUGACAUAGAAAUGUGAAAAGACUAUUUGGGUUUAAAUAUCUGGAACUGAUGAAACAUUUUGAGGUCCAAACCUCAAACCCGGCCCCUCUGUUGUGAUUGUUCGUGAGUGUCUUAGAGUUCAGAGAAGUUUCUAUUUUGAUCAGUCCAGCUGUCCACAGCGGCCCUCUCACAGCUCCAGUUUCAUGUUUGCAUACUUUGACACUUUGACAAUAUUUGAUUAUGUUUCACACGCACAACAGAGGAAGAGUGGGACACUCUGUGUAACUCCAAAACAAGUCCUUCUCUGUACUUUCCCUGAACGCAGCCUCAUUUAGAAGCUUCUGCUCUUCUGUUUUCACUUUACAGCCUGUGUGGAGACUAGGUUUGAAUAUUUAACCGCUAAUUAAGUUAACCCAGAUACACCAGCACCAAAAUAACAGCCUACUAUUACUUCUGUCCCCUUUUAUUCAUGCUGUACUUCUAUUUUUGGUGUAAUCACACUUUAAAACUUGGACAUUCAGUUCUCAUAAUGCUUUUUAAGAAAUUGUGGGCAAAAAGACCUUAUUUAUUUCUAACCUCUGACUACAUGGAAAAGUUCACCACUGCUGUUGAUAUCAAAUGUGGUUUUACAUUACUAAUAAAAUUAAUAGACUUUUCUAAGUUCGGCCUGAUAUUACUUCUGUUGUAUCCAAACCUCCUUUUAAAACAUAGCAUGCUGUGUCUCUUUCUAAAUAUCACACAUUUUCUGCUUUCUAGUAUCGACUGGAGACCUUCACUGAGUUCAGGUCAACUGAGUGGGCCCACAAACCUCAUGAAGGUACAAAGAUGCAAAUAUUCAAAGGUGACUUUACACCCGUCUAGAAUAGUCUAGGACACUGAGUAGCUUGGCAUGAUCUGCAGCCCCCCCCCCCAAAAAAAAAAAAUCCAGAUUUACAUUGUACUGGCCUCUGUGGAAACCUUUUUAGUGCUCCAACUGCAGUCUUGAAUCACUUAAAUUUUGCUGCAUAACCACACACCACUUGUGGGUGUUGCUUUUUACACAUUCUGGUCUGAGGCUAGUUGGUAGCACCCUCUCAGUUUCUUAUUAAGCCCCAUUAGCUUUUGCCAUCGUCUUUAAAUGAUAAUCACAGAUUUCUGUUCCCGGUGGUCUUGGUGCUUUUGUUGGUCAUUAAAAGACUGCUGUGUUAAUUUCAGUCUGUUUCACAGGGGCUGUUAGAUUAUUCUGAUGGUGUCUCUAUGCACAGGUGUUUGAUUGACAGGUGGUUGUGAUGUCAUGUGACCUACAGGUGAACCAGCAGACUUCUACACCCAGACGGCCCCCCGACCCUGGGAGAUUCAGGCCAAUCCUCCCAGCCUCUUCACUAAUCACACAGAAGAGAUACGUGUGCCCUACACCUCUUCUAUCAAGGUGACUGUAGCAAUUGAUACUAUACACCCUUGUUUCCAAGGUUACCUGAAGCUUCAUAUACUGUGGCUCUGGAAUUAGAUCAGAGUUAAACAGGAACCCUUGGAUACACGUAAGUGUAUAAUUUAGAAAGCAGACAAUCAGAGAGCAGGAUUAUCUGCCUCAAGGGUCAAUUUAUCUUAACGGGAAUACUUUUGGAGUCCUUUAGGUGUAAAAAGAGGUCCAGGGUCCAUUUCAAGGGGACUCAAGUAGGGCUUGAGGCUGUUUCAGGGUGUUUUUAGCUUAUAGACCUCAAAAGUGUCCUAAUUGAUCCGUGGGGUGGAUCAGUGGGUCCUUGAGGACUACCUUAGGUCCUUAAGAAUUACCAGAAAAGAUGCUUCUUGAACAGGGGUCCUUUUGGGUCACUGGAUCCACUUAGUCCUUUGAAGGGAUUUCAAAACAUCAUGCAGAUGUUCCUUGACUACUUUGUUUUUCUUAGGUCUUUGAGGGUUUGAAGGAAAAUCCUCAAAGAGGUUCAAAUCAUAGUUCUUGAUGAGUUUCAGAUGUUUAUAAGGUAUUCGGCGCAGUCCUAAAAGGAUUCCAGGAUUCUUGGAAAGAUUUGGACUUUCUUGAGGAGGUUUGAUGGGAUCUCUUGGAGCUUUUUUAGUGGGAAAUCUGACAGAGUAUUUCAAAGGAUCUAGAUGGGUUCUUGGGAAGGUUCAAAGCUGUGACAUCUUCAUCCGAACACCCAUAUGGUCGCUCAAGGAGUCCUUGAAAAUUUCAAAUGAUCUCGCAAAUGCUAAACAUUUUUUUUUUUAAUGAAUGCCCUUGGGUCAUGGAAAAGAUUAUAAUAGUGGUUCAAUGCUGGAACCCGCAGAUUCCCAGAGUUUCAGAGAAUACACAUGUCCCUCUGGGUUCUUUUGAGAUGGUUGAGGAGGUGUUGCUUAAGGUUCUGUCUGUCCUGUGUGAAGUUACCUGCUUUAUGAGAGUUAUUAACCCCAGCUAUAUGGGAUUUAACAGCUCACCGACAGCCAAUCAGAGAGCAAGAUUCUGACACGAAGCAUUCCUUCAGCUCAGUGAGACUCAAAAAACUGUAAAGUUAUUUUUAACUGUGUGUGUUUGUGUGUGUCUUUGCAGGAGUGCCACACCUGCCGUGCUACUGGAGCGAUGCUGUGCGAGGAGUGCAGUGGAAAUGGAUUUGUAAGAACACUAUAAAUCUGUCAGUCAGACAUUAGUAGCACAGUGUGGAUGUUGUCAUACCAUCACAUGGAUAUUUAAGACAGAAAAACAGGAUAUAAAGUCAGAUGCAGAGGAUUGGAGUAGCUUCUAACCAGAAACACUCUUCCUCCCAGACUACUUUUGGAAUUCAAAAGAGCAGAAACAAGUUUAUAAGGACUUAUAAUAACUGUAUAAUAUGUGCUUUCCUCUGCAGAAACCCUGUUGGGUGUGUCAUGGCUCUGGGUCAAAGAACGAUGAAAACUGCUCACACUGUGAUGCUACAGGCAGAGACAGGUACUGCACAGAGGAUUGCACAUUUAUUCAGUUCCAUUAUCAGACUCUUCUUUGAAGGUCUGAACAGAAUAAAAACUGCUCAGGUUUUGUUGGGAGAUGUGUUCAGACCAAAUGGGCACCGAAUAAAUGUGCAAGAACAAGUCACUGAAAGUCAAAUGCAAAAGCAGCAGGUGAUUUAAAAUCCUGAUGCAAAACUUCCUGCAGGUCACCAGAACUGACUGAUCAGACCUCCAUUCAGAAAACAAGUAUUUAAAAGUUAAUUUCUCAAUAUUUUGUAGAUUCUUAACUUCGUCCUGAAGCUUCCAGACAGACUGGACUGAUCAUAGUCUCUGGUCUUUGUGAAGAAACAGUACAACUGCUGUAGUUUUUAAUGACUUGGAUGAUGUAUCUUUAGUAAACGUGAACAGAAAACUGCACUGACAGCGUUCAUUGGUAAGAAAGAUGCUGCAAUGCUGCUCUGCACCACACACACACACUGCCUGCCAGCAUAUUUUUAGAUGAGCUCCACAUUUUACCUAAACAAACUUAGAUAAACCCAUGCUCCAACUUGUGCAGGUCAUGCAUGUUGAAUAUUGUUUUUGUUGCACAAACCUUUAUAUACUGUCUCUGAGUUCAUGUCAUGUAUAAAUCCCGUAAACCCUGUCGGGAUCAUGAGCCGAAGUGGUAACACAAGACACUUAUGGUUACAUUUGGUAUCAAAAGAUUUACUUUUUAAUUAUUUUUUGGGGGGAAAUGUCAAGGACAUUUAUAUAAUACUCCAUCAUGAUUGAAACCAGGUUCAGUAGGAUAUGGGGGUGAAGAAAUGAAACAUGUAAAACGUCACGGCUCUCAUUUACUCUGCCAUUUCAGUCCUCUCGGAUCAUAUCACUCAAGAAUGUGAGCCAUGUGUGUCACAUGCCUAACUCUGUGUGUGUGUGCGUGCGUGCGUGCGUGCGUGCGUGCGUGCGUGCGUGUGUGUGUAGAUGUACAGACUGUGAUUCCCAGGGGAGGAAGGAGUGCGAAACCUGUAAAGGAAAACGACAACUGCUGACCUACAUCGGCCUCAAAGUGGAGUGGUGAGCACUGAUACUGCAAAUGUUCCAGGAGUUCAUGAACUGAGUCCUGGAACAUUUGCAGUCCUGGUUAAGAUUUUAGUAGGUUUUUUUAGGAGGUUUUCAUUUAACCUUAAAGGGUCUGGUACUUCCAGAGGUCCUUGAUUCUGUUUUGAUGGAUCCUUAGAGAGUUUUUGAAGUCCAAAAGAAGGUCUUAAUGGUUUUUGAAAAAGUUAAGAAGGGCCUAAGAGUCAUUCCAGGUUUUAACUGAAGCAACUUCCUAAAACUUUGCAGAUGUAGCUGCAGUCCUGGAGGAAACAUCAGUUGUCCUUGAGGUUGUGUAAGAACUUUUUGGGUGGAUGUGGUGUCUACCAGGACUGUAGGGGAGGUUCAACAGGUUCUUGAUAAAAUAUCAGCGUCUUUGAGACCUGAAAACUGUUGCUGUUGUACUCAGAGAGUUCCGUCCGUCCUCAAGGGUUUUACAAAUCUGAGGAGUUCUUAAAAGGAUUCAAAUAAGGACUUUGGGACCUUGCAGGAGUGAUAAAAAGGCCUGUUUCAGUUCUUAACAGUAACGUGUUGUCAUGCUGCCCUCUAGUGGCUUAAAAAACAAACCUGCACAAUGUGAAUCUGUAUAGAAAAAACAUACAAACUGAACAGAGCACAGCAGAAAAAAGGAUGUAAUUGUAUUUGUGUGUGUGUGUGUGUGUGUGUGUGUGUGUGUGUGUGUGUGUGUGUGUGUGUGUGUGUGUGUGUGUGUGUGUGUGUGUGUGUGUGUGUGUGUGUUUAGGAAAAAUAACGUUGAGGACCACGUGGUGCAGCAGAACUCUGGUCUGAGCUCUGAUGAUCUCCACUCAGUGACCGGGAAGGAGCUCUUCAAGAACAACCAGUACCUGGUAGAUUAACUGCUCCGUUCUUACACCUGGGGUUUGCGGAGUUUGCUGAAGCUUGACUGUUUGUUUCCCUGAAUCUGAAUAAGUUUAUAUUGUUUUCUGAUGGUCAUGUUAUGAUAGGUAAGAAUAAUCUUGCAGUAUGUCCUGAACUUUUGUGUUUGAUUGUAAUCAACCUAAAUUGUUACCAUACUGAGUAUUUACUUUUAAAAAACAUCACUAACGUCACUAAGCUGGCCUGGGGCCUGGCUGAGCACAGCCUGAAGAGGCAAUGUGGGACCCCCUUCCCAUGGGGUCACCACCAUGUGGGGGGCCAAAGUGGUCGGGUGCAAUGUAAGUUGGGCAGGAGCCGAAGGCAGAGACCUUGGCGGUCCAAACCUUGGCUGCAGAGGCUAGUUCUAGGGACAUGGAAUGUCACCUCUCUGGUGGGGAAGGAGUCUGAGCUGGUGGGCAAGGUGGAGAAGUUCUGUCUAGAUAUAGUCCAACUCACCUCGACACAUAACGUGGGCUCUAGAACCAGCCCUCUCAAGAGGGGCUGGACUCUCUCUUUUACUCUUCGGCUUUGCUGGUGGUUGCUGAGGCAAAAACCAGUGUAUGGGAAGAGUUCGGUAAGGCCAUUGAGAAGCACUUCUGGACGGCCUGGAAGAGGUUCUGGACCACCAUCCAGUGUGUCAGGAGAAGGAAGCAGUGCACUGUCAACACUGUAUAUGGUGAAGAUGGUGCGCUGCUAACCUCGACUCAGAACGUUGUUGAUCAGUGGACAGAAUACUUUGAGACCUCCUCAAUCCCACCAACAUGCCUUUCAGGGAGGAAGCUGGGCUCGAGGACUUGGGUCUGGGCUUUUCUAUCUCUGGGGCUGAGGUUGCCAAGGUGGUUCAUAAGCUCCUCGGUAGCAAGGCCCUGAGGGUGGAUGAGAUCCGCCCUGAGUUGGCAUACCGGGGUGGUAGUCCCCCUUUUUAAGAAGGGGGAUCGGACGGUAUGUUCCAGCUAUAGGGGGAUCACACUCCUAAGCCUCCCUGGAAAGGUCUAUUUAGGGAUCCUGAAGAGGAUUCGCCAGAUUGUCGAACCUUAGAUUCUGUGGACCAGCUCUACACUCUCAGCAGUGCAUGGGAGUUUGCCCAACCAGUUCACAUGUGUUUUGUGGACUUGGUAAAGGCAUUUGACCAUGCCCCUCGGAGAAUCCUGUGUGUGUGUGUGUGUGUGUGUGUGUGUGUGUGUGUGUGUGUGUGUGUGUGUGUGUUUGUGUGUUCCCUGUACGACCAGUGCCAGAGCUUGGUCCACAUAGCCGAUAGUAAGUCGGACUCAUUUCCAGUGCCAGGGCUGCCCUUUGUCACCGAUUCUGUUCAUAACUUUUCUGGACAAAAUUUCUAGGUACAGCCAGGGCGUUCAGAGGGUCGGGCUUGCUGGCCGCACGAUUGGGUCACUGCUUUUUGCAGAUGACGUGAUCCUGCUGGCUUCAUCGGGCCGUGACCUUCAGCUCUCACUAGAUUGGUUCGCAGCCGAGUGUGAACCGGCUGGGAUGAGAAUCAGCACCUCCAAAUCUGAGUCCAUAGUUCUCAGCCAGAAAAAGGUGGAGUGUUCUCUCUGUGUCUGAGAUGAGAUGCUGCCCCAAGUAGAGGAGUUCAAGUAGGUUUCGGGGUUUCAUUCACGAGUGAGGGAAGAAUGGAGCGGGAGAUCGACAAGCGGAUCAGUGCGGCGUCAGCAGUGAUGUGGACGCUGCACAGAUCUGUCAUGCUGAAGUGGGAGCUGAGCAGAAGGGCAAAGCUCUCGAUACACUGAUCGACCUAUGUUCCUACCCUAAUCUAUGAUCACCUGCUGUGGGUAGUGGCCGAUAGAACAAGAUCGUGAGCACAAGCGUCUGAAAUGAGUUUCCUCUCUGGGUGGCUGGGCUCUCCCUUAGAGAUAGGGUGAGAAGCUUAGUCAUUCGGGAGGGACUCGGAGUAGAGCUGCUGCUCCUCCGCAUUGAGUGGAGUCAGAUAAGGUGGCUUGGGCAUCUAAUCUGGAUGCCUCCUGGACACCUCACUGAUGAGGCCACGGGGAAGACUUAGGACACGCUGGAGAGACUAUGUCUCUCAGCUGGCCUCGGAACGCCUCAGGGUCCCCUGGGAAGAACUGGACGAAGUGGCUGGGGAGAGGAAAGUCUGGGCUUCUCUGCUCAGGAUGCUGCCCCUGUGGCCUGACCCCGGAUAAGCAGUUGAAGAUGGAUGUAUGGAUCAGUAACAAAUCAGCACAGUUCUGUUCUCAAAAUCACUGAAAAACAUGCAGGAAGGUGUGAUUGAGUUAAAGCUUUACAGUCAGUACUUCAGAUAAAGGUCAAGAGGUAAAUAAGUGAGAUUUUAUCAGCCAUUGUUUUUCUUUACAUAUUUUUUGUCCGUCUCCUCUCAGCUCUACCCUCUGCUCGGGUUCCCGAACCCUGCCAUUGCUGAAGCCUCUGACCGUCUAAUCAAAGAUCACCAGAGCAAAUAUUCCCAGACCUCCAGGAUCCUGCAGCAGGUAGGUGGACAUGAGGAGUGAUUACAGUUUAAUUUACAUACAAUUCAGUGUAGAACUGAAUGCAUUUCGUAUGGGUCCACAUGUAAUCUACUGUCUGUCUAUGUGAAAGCAGCAGUUAUAUAAUUGUCCAGCUGAGUUUGACAGUGGAAUUAAGUCUGUUUCUACUGCUGCCUGGUUGUUUCCUAACCCCUCACACCAGCUUCAAGCAUUAUAAAUAUGAAAGCAGUCAGUCUUCUUGCUGAUGGUCUUGUUUGCUUUUGUUUAUCAUGAAAAGGCAUCCAAGUGAGUUUAAGUCUAUUUCAUGAACUUUAAAAAACUCCUCAAUGGAGCUUUAAGUGUGAUACACAUACUCUCUCUCUCUCUCUCUUUCUCCCUCUCUCUCUCCCUCUCUCUGUCUCUUUCUCUCUCUCUCUCUCUCCUUCAGAGGCAGACAGUCGAGUUAAUCCCCAUCACUAAAGUCAACUACAAGUGGAAAGGCGACACUCACCUCUAUUACGUCUACGGCAACGAAAACCAAGUCAGCGCCGACAAUUACCCAGCCACCUGCUGCUGUGUCAUCCUGUAGACACACACACACACACACACUCUCUUUCACACACAUACACACAGUUAGUCUCAGUACUUGUUACUCCUCUGUAUGACCGUCCCUUCCCUCCUGGAUAACUUCUUUCAAUACAUCACUGUAUUUUCAUGUCCAUCCAUCAGUUCAGGCUUUUUAUUUCUUUCUCAGACAAAACUUUUGUUUUUGUUUUUGUUUAGAAGUUUAACAAGAACACUCCUCAAACAUCAACCGUCCCAGAGUGAAUGAUAUGUCAAACAGAUAAGCAAGAUGAUACAGAUUUCAAAUUUACCCCAAAAGUGCACCACACUGACUUUUAGGGGCACUUUUGAGGACGGCCUCCUCAGUUCUGACUCCUUGAAGGACCACCAGGGUUCUGCUGAGGAGGAAAUAUCAAGAAAGCUUCAUAUUGGCAAUUUAAAUGUGUAAUCCAGUAACUAGAUGAUGAAUAUCCAUGACAUGGAUGCUUCAAAAGAAAGAGAAAUCAGUCCUUUUUGGGAGAAACCAUCCCAUUCUCAGUCUGUUAUUGUCUGAAAGUAUGACCAUUUACCAAAGAUAUUUUCUGUUACAGAAACCUUUUACUGAAAUGUUUACAAACCAACCUGUGCCAGUAUGUGCCAAGUUCUGUCCUCAGCCUUACACAGACACCUCAACAAUUUUAGUGUUUCAUGAACCUGCAGACCUCCUUAAACCAAAAACUUGACACACCUAAAAGGAGGAAUCAAAUGAUGACCUGAGGACUGAGUCAAACUCAAACAUUGUUGCAUGAUAGAUGUGUGGGGAAAUUCAGUUUGGCUGCAAUCUACAUAAAGCAUCUUAGUGAGUUUAAAGGAUAAGCUUGAUCUGGUUCAGUUGGUUCUUACCUGUGUUCUUCUACCUGUGAAAAAAGUUACAAGCAGGAAAUAAUUUUGAUAACUCAGGAACAAAAGCCAAUGGAAUUUUGUUCUGUCAAUCACAUAGUGUUCACCGCUUGUGCUUGCCACUUGCCGCUUGUUUGUAAUCAAACUAACAAAUGUACUUCACAGAUGAUAUACCUCUCUUCAGAUUUUGUACUUGGCCUUUCAUGAACUCCUACGGCUGUAUGUGAAGCGUGUCUCUUGCAACAGCACUUACAUUAAUCACGAGCUAAAUAUCAUGAAUAAGUUGCUCUUGUUUAUGUCAAUAUUCUGGGGUUUCCCUCAGAGAUAAAAGGGUUUAAAUCGUCUUUCUAUGUGAUGAUAUACAACAUGUUUAAGAGUGCGCAGUUUCUGUGCAGCUGUUAAGUCCCAUCUGUUUUAUGGUGUUUGCAAUCCUGCUAGCUACUGGUACCAAAAUUAUGUGCAGCUGCAGUUUCAGGACCCCAAUUCUGGGACCACAUCUCUAGAACCCCAGUAUUGUUGUGGCAGUCAGGGUUAGGGUUAUGAUUUGACUCUAAAAUGGUUGUGUCGGACUCUAAAAACAUGGUUGGAGACUAUGGCUGUGGCAAAAUACUGUUAAUAAGCAAAUGCUAAUACUGUAAUCCUGAACAGAGGAGAGAUGAAGCAGCAGCAGACUGCUUGUGACACUUCUAUAAAAGUGUUACUAAUUCAUCAAACAUUAAUACAUCGUAACUGUUCAUUUAACUUUAUUCAUUUAGCUCAGUAACUUACGAGCAACCAGAAGUAGCUUAUACUUCAAAAUAAAAGCAUAGUUCUAUAAUGUGGGACAUAAAGCAACUUCAACCCAGGACAGAAUAAAUUCAUGAAAAACAAUCCUUUUAUCACUGCUAUUGGGAUAUUUAAUGGACAGGACAGAUGAAGAUCUGAUACUGUUACAGCUUUAUGAAACACAAAAAAUGAGAUCCUCGGGGAGCACCAGAUGGGGCCCUCACAAACAACAGGGUCUUGGAAUUGCAGUCCUGAGUCUGCAGCCUUUCCACUCACUUGAACUUUGAGCUCAGUCUAAGGUAAUGUCAGCUAUUGUCAGUUGUCUUGGAUUGAAGAUUAAGUGCGGGUUUAUCACCUGAUGAUGGAGAAGGGAGUGGAGUAGGUGGUGGUUUCUCUAGCUAGUAGUGUAUCCUUUUUUGUAAAAUACCUCCGUGCAUUUAUACAGGUACAUACACCACAUCUGUGUCUAUGACACAACCCACACUAUAGAUAAAAAGGGUGAUGAAAGUGCAUUUGUACUAUGUAUUUUAAGGUCUCAUGUGAAAGUCAAACUGUUCAGUUUCCUGUUUAGUAUAAGUUUGGUUUAGAACAUUUUUAAAAGGUGAAAGAAUCUCUAUAAGAGCAUCCACAGAUCCAUUACAUCCAUGCAUGUUAACGGUUUUCAUCUGUUUGAAAAUUCUAUUUAUUUGUUGCUGAUCGUUUUUUUUUUUUUACCUUGUAACAAAUACCUUAAGAUACACUUACUCAAGAUAAAGUUACUACUACAAGAGCCUUAACUUUCACUGCAUUAGUACUCCUAGUUUGUUAUUGCAUGCAUGCAGCAACAAGCCAUGCUGGAUGAUCUACCUGUUGACAAAGUUACCUCACUAAGACAUGUAUGAAACAAUAUUCCUUCAUUUUUUUCCUGCCGAUCACAUCAUCAGAACAUUUUCAUAAACCUCAUUAACAGUAUUAUCUCAUUAACAUAUAUAAAUACACAUAAACAGUAGUUGUCUUUUAUUAAUCAAAGGUAGUGGAUUUUUUUUUUACUCUUUUAUAAAACUCAGAUUAAAGGUGUGUUCAUUUACAGUUGACUUUACUUUCAGCAGCAGCUGACCUCAGGAACAGGAGAAAAAUCCUAACCCUGUAAACUCUCCUCCUGCAGUACUGUAGUACUCCUGUAGAGGGGGCUCUGUGUUGAACAGACUGCUGCCCCGUACAUAACUUCAUAGCAGUGUUAAGCGUUCAGAACUAAGUUUGACUGUUAAUGUAUUACCACACACACAGACGUCUUUACAAUGUGUUAUCUAAAGCUUCUUUCAUUCACUUUUUAUGCUGCAUUCCUGCUUUUCAUAAUGGAAUAUGUAAUAGCCUGCUGCUGAAAGGUCUCUCUUCAAGGGUCAUGUCCUGCAUUUCAUGUAAACAUCUGUGACUGUAAGUGUUAUGGUUUGUUAUAUCAUUAGCCUGUUGUCAGAGUUACACUUUUUAACAAUCGACCUAUGACUUUUUGCUGCCAAAGCUUUCACAUAUACACUAAAAAAAACAUAAAUAAGGCGAAAUAACUGACAUGUAAUUUCUUCAACUGAAGUGAUGCUGCUAGAAUUUGAUGCACCUUUUAUUAAGUGGGAAUUUGCAGUGUAAAUUCUCGAAAAAUCUGACUAACCAGCAUCUCUGCUACUAACCUGAUGGACUUAGUGGUGCAAAGAUAACUCUGUAAAGAGGUCAAAACAAAAGAUCAUGUUGAAUGUUACUUUCAAGCUGAAAAUAAAUUCUGAUUCCAUUUCC